AUGCGGCCCUCCACCCCGCUGUCGGCGGACCUACCCCCGCUAAUAAUGGGUACGGCAACCUUCAACUCGCAAUAUAACGCAGACCCCUACGCCCUCCCAACAACAGAACUAGUCCAGCGCGCCCUCUCCCGCGGUGUACGUGCCUUCGACACAUCCCCCUACUACGGCCCCGCCGAAGAACUCCUCGGCCGCGCCUUAGCCUCGGAAUUUGUGCAAUCCAACUUCCCACGAGACUCAUACCGUCUCCUCACGAAAGUCGGCCGCAUUGCAUCCGCUUCAUUCGACUACUCCCCAGCCUGGAUACAACAGAGCGUGCACCGCAGUCUGCGCCGCCUGCACACGGAUUACCUGGACGUGGUAUACUGCCACGACGUCGAAUUCGUCUCCCCCGCCGAAGUCCUCACUGCAGUCCGGGAACUGCGCCGUCUGCGCGAUGAGGAGGGUAUACUGCGCUAUGUGGGGAUCUCCGGAUACCCAGUUGACACAUUGAGUUCCCUUGCGGAGAUGAUCCUGCGCGAGACUGGCGAGCCGCUUGAUAUCGUGAUGUCGUACGCGAACUUUACGCUGCAGAAUACUCGGCUGCGCUCACUUGCUUUGCCGAGGCUUCUUGCUGCGGGUGUGGAUGUUGUGCCAAACGCUUCGCCGUUGGGUAUGGGGUUGCUUCGGAGGGAUGGUGUGCCUAUUGGGUCGAUGGGAGAUUUCCAUCCUGCGCCUGAUAAGCUGCGCGGUGCUAUUCAGAGUGCGGCGGAGUGUGUUGCGGAGCGUGGGGAGAAGCUUGAGGUGGUUGCUAUUCGCUUUGCCUUGGAGUCUUGGCUGCGCGCUGGUGCUAAGGUUGGAGCGCUCGGUGCGCCGUUGGCGAGGUCCGCUGAUGCAGAUCCGGGAUUCUUGUCUGUUGCAAAUGUGGGCACUGGACGGAGAAUUGGUGUCAGUGUGAUGGGUGUGAGCAAUAUCGAUGAGUUGGACGAGACACUGCGUGUGUGGCACAGUAUCCUGGACGGUCUGGAAAACUUGGAUGAUGACGAUGACGAUGUUGAUGGGUCGGACUUCGAGAGCAAGCUCCAACCUGCCGGGCCAUCAACCCCGAAGGACCUCACCGGUGUCGUCCCUUCCGCGUCGAAUGUCCCUAACAUCCUGACCCCCUCCGAGGGCCUCGUCACUGACCGUGCUUGGUCUUACACGCGCCGGGCUCAUAUCUUGCAAUUGGCGAAGGAGGUCCGUGACAUCCUGGGAAGCGAGUGGGUGGAUUAUGUAUGGGCGAGUCCACCAGCGGACUUCAAGAACUCUUUGCCUGAGGAGCAUGUUGCUGCUCUCCAGAGAAUUGAAGUCGAGGGUCGGGUUUCUCCCGCAGCUGGCUCUCCUGGAGACGUCAUGCUUACGCCACCGCUAGAUGCGGAGAAGCGGCUUGAAUAG